UAGAAAUGCAAGUCGCUGACAAAGUACUUUACUUCCGUCCGAUGAUCGAUGAUCGAUGAUCUUAUUCUAGACCGUAGUCUCUUGGAAAGCCCCCGCCGCAUCUAGAUCGAUUCUGAUGCAAAGUGUCAAUUAUAGCAUCAUACUUGAAGACUAUUUUAUAGAAUUUAAGUUUGUAAUACUAUGAACUUUCUAUGGUUAAUUAAAAAGGGUUGUCAACUUGCUGACAUGAUGAGACCCUUGAGUUUCCAGUAACUACCUAUAAAUGCGAUGUAACUCGAUGCGGGGUCGCUAACACUUUGAUAGAAGUACCUAUGAUACCUAGGUAAUUUCAAAUCGUGUACCUAGCUUAUCUGUAAACUCUAUGUAGCCACUAUCACAACUCUCCUCCUGCAGAGUAUUAAGAUUGUUUUCUUUUCCUUUUGCGGCUGUGAAUUGCUCUAUACGUUUUGCAAAAAUAGAAGCCACGAGCUCUAUGUCUCACCUCGGACUCGGGUAACUCCGCGGACCACGCCUUCCAUCCUCUCGUAGGUUACCUAUCACAUUCUCUCAACUUCAUCAACAUAGAAGGCCAAAGUUAUUAGGAAAUAACCAUGGCCUUCAUUUCAAAUAUCAAGCGAUUUCAUCGCAAUAACGUCUCAACUCUACGCAACUCAUCUCUCGCCGAGAUAUCUGGUGCGCUCGGCGAUCUCGGGACUCUCCUCCCGUUAAUGAUCACCCUCGCGGUAAAUGGCUCCAUCUCACUAUCAACUACGCUCGUUUUCUCCGGUUUCUACAACAUCGCCACCGGCGUCAUAUUCGGGAUUCCUUUACCGGUGCAGCCUAUGAAAGCUAUCGCGGCGGCCGCCAUAGCAUCUCACGCUUCCGAACCUGAGACUGUGGCUGCAGGUAGCGUGGUAGCUAUCAUCGUCUUAGUGCUUAGCAUCACUGGUCUUUUGCACUGGGUCACACGCGUGAUCCCGAUUCCCGUCAUCAAGGGCAUUCAGUUCGGUGCCGGUCUCUCGCUCAUCAUUUCCGCGGGGUCUUCGUUGCUUCAGCCUUUUACUCACCGCUGGUCUUUCCCGCUCGAUAAUCUGGUCUGGUCGCUUGCUGCUUUCCUAUUGUUGAUUCUCACUCAACGAGCAUCCAGAUUCCCAUAUGCAUUGAUAAUCUUCGUCGUGGGCGUCAUUCUUGCUAUCAUUUUCGUUACGACGAGUUCUCAUCACCACCUUCCUCACUUCCGCGUCUGGAACCCGUGGUUCAAGCUACCAUGGUGGAGCGCUGAUGCUAUCGGCAUGGGCAUCGCCCAGUUGCCACUCACUACAUUGAAUUCCGUCAUAGCCGCCAGCGCCCUGGCUUCCGACCUCCUACCCGACCUACCAUCGCCGAGUGUCACGGAACUCGGUAUUAGCGUCGCUAUUAUGAACCUCCUAGGCUGCUGGUUCGGCGCCAUGCCCGUUUGCCAUGGAGCCGGUGGAUUGGCUGCACAAUACCGAUUCGGGGCGAGAAGCGGUGCUAGUAUCAUAUUGCUUGGCUUGUUUAAGAUGCUACUCGGAAUUAUUUUCGGAGAGACGUUGCUGGACUUGCUCACGGCAUUCCCUAAAACCCUACUGGGUAUCAUGGUCGUUGCGGCUGGCUUGGAGCUUGCGAAGGUGGGUCAAAGCUUGAACUAUGGCGCUUCGGAUCUAUGGGAGUCUUCGGUGGGCCAGCAGGAUAGUUCUAAGAGACACAAGAAUCUGUCCGAUCAGGAGAGAUCUGAGAGGUGGACUGUUAUGCUUAUGACUACAGCAGGCAUUCUAGCUUUCAAGAACGAUGGGAUUGGGUUCGUAGCUGGUAUGCUUUGCUACUGGGCGUAUAAGAUUGCGGAUUGGAUAGAAACCAGACGGAGCCGUGGGUCUGGGGAGAGAGCGCCACUGUUACGCUGAGCGUUUGCUUGAGAUAAUACCUAUAUGGGUGUACAAUUAAUGAGAAUACGACAGUUCGUUGUACGAUAUUAUGACUCAAGUAAGACAGCAUGCGGCUCAUCGUAUGACUAUUACCCUGAAGUGUCAUGGUGUCUUGAGUUAAAAAAAAAAUCCAUGGUGCUCAAUCACUGUAGGUGCCUACAUUUAACAUUUUUAAGACAUUGACCUCUGAAAUGAAGUUCUUGAUCCACAAGUCAGAUAAAUACAUGCAAGAUACAUUCUGCAUUAGCCUCGGCUCGAUCUUAAAGACGCUUUAUAUGCUGAAG